AUGUCUUUCCUUGUGCAGGGGCAGCAGCGAUGGGAUUCAACGGUCCUCAUCGAGACAGAGAUAAGUCGUCUCAAGUGGUUUGCCUCGCGUAAGACUGCAUAUGCUGUGCUUGCCGCAUGGUGCUCAGCCAUCCAGGAGCAUCGAGGAGUCAGUGAAGGAUCAUGUUACAAGAGGGAAGGCACGAGACUGGGAGCUCAAGGGCUCAAGCGGGUCUGGCGGUGGUGGGUGCUGCUGGUGAACUUGGGGAUCUUUCACUCAGCACGCCGAUACGCGAGGACUAAGGAGACUUGGAGGUCAUGGAGGGAAGCGAUCCUGAGCAAGGACGGCAGGCUAACGCUCCUGGUGCUUCACAAGGCAGAUCAGUCGCUCCAGCGUCUAAGGCGAGCUAUUGCAGAGCAUUCAUCCAUCCGAAACCUUCUCAGCUCGCAGUGGCUUCUCCUCCAGAACUUCCGCACUCUGAGCUUGCAGCAUCGCGUUCUUCCUCCUCCUCAGACGUCCUUGCAUAUUCAGCACAACCUCAUCAAGAUGGUGGAAGCAGAAGCUUUCAACGGGUACGUCGGAGCUCAUCGCUACCCCGUGGUGUCAGCUCUCCACAAAGCUGAGCUAGUCUUGCCCUCGCUGUACGCCAGCAGGGCGAUGUUUCAGUGGAAGGACAAGAUAAUCUCUGUCAAGCUCCGUCAGAGCCGACGAGAGGCCACGCAGAGGCUCUGCGAGCGUCUGUCGCGUUUGUCUCUUGCUCACGCUUGGUGCGCGUGGAAUCGAUUCUGCGAGAAGAAGCAUCGGCAGAGCAGCCUAGCAAGCCAUGUCGCCCUGCAAGCAAAGACGAUGAGAGGUUGGAAGAAGCGAGUUAAGGAACGGGAGGAGGAGAGGAUCAGAGACUCGUUGCAGAAGAGGAGAUGCUUCUCUUGUUGGCGCUACUCGUGCUGCUCACGACGGCUCAAGAUACUUGAAAGACGCAUCGCUCAGCGACACUGCCUCGUCCUCUGCGACCAAACCCUAAGAGACUGGAAACAAGUUCAUCGAAGGUCCCAGUUGUCUGCGCGACUGUCCAAGAGCCUUGGCCUCACUUGCUUGUUGUUUUGGUUUCGUCGAUGGUUGCUUCAUCGCAUUUGCCAUCUGAUGUCCGAAAAGAUUUUGACAGAUCGUGCUGUGGAGGAGGCAAAGCGGAAGCAGGCGAGGCAUCGCUUGAACACUGUCAUGCUCUUGUGGAAGCUUCAAGUCUACCAGCAAGUCCUUCGCUCUCCUCCCCCUCCAGCUUUCUCCGUCUUCAAGUCUUUCUCGCUUGUCGCGCUACUGCUGUCCCACCUUUCUGUUGGGCAGAUUUGCCGCGCAAGGGGUUUGAUGUUUGGAGCUCCUCCUGCUUGGUACAAAGAUCCUGCUCUAGCGAGACAGGCGUCUCUCACCUACGUCCACGCCAUGCGGCUGAUGAUUGAGAUGCGACGAGUGCUUCAUGCCUUGAUGCUACGCGCUCGUCAAGCAGGAGUGCUAGCUCGACUUGUUGCUCGAUCUUACGAUCGAAGGAAGAGGGAGAGGAGCAGAGCUGCGAUGGAGAGGUGGAAGAAGCGCGGGGCAGCUCACUCGUCACUCACGGUCAGGCAAGUGAGGAUCUCUACGCGCUGGGAGCGAACGCGACUCGUCAGCUCCUUCUUUGCUUGGCGAUCGCUGGCAUGCAGUCGUAGUGCAUCCGUAGCCUUCUUGCUGCUCGUGAUGCAGCAGGUGUGGAGGCGAACAAGCAGGCAGAGAAUGACGAAGGUGGUGGAGGAAUGGAGGCUCCUAGCGGAUACCCAUCAGGCUGCUGCUCGCUUGCAAGUCAACUCGAGAAACAGGAGGUACAAGACGUCGUUUCAUGCCUUGCACGCAUGUUGUCUGGCGAGAAAGGAGCACAAGGUUCUCACCAGGAGGUUUGACGUCGCUCGAAGGCUUCGCCUCUCCAAGUCUGUCCUGACCGCCUGGUCUCACUCGUUCUCGUCUCUGAGGUCGCGCAAGACGCUCAUGCUGCAGGCCCUGAAGCGACGAAAAAGUCUGGCCAAGAGAGCCGUCGCUAUGUGGAGUGCUCAUUCUAGACGGCGACGGGAGGCUACAAGCGAGGCUGCGGAUGUGGAGCAGGAGAUGGUCGUCGACAGCAGCCAAGCGAUGGCAGCGAGUGACACUUGUGACCAAGAGGAUGGCAGGGACUGUGAGCCUGAGACAAGCCGGUCGAGCUCAGCGAUUGAGCAGGCGGAUGCUUCAAGGGUGGCACUUGACAUGCCUCAAUGCGGGGCUGCUGCUACUUCGGAUGCGAUGGAUGGCAAUAGAGGAGAAGAUGAAAAACGAGAGGUCGGAGAGCUGGAGAGUCUUGACGAAGACAAGGCGAAGACAGCAACUCUACCUCGCGUUCCUUUUGAAGCUGGUGGAACGAGUCAAAAACAAGACAACAAUCAUUAG